AUGGCGGCCGCUGACGAGGCUCCUGUCGCUAGUGGUGCGCCCACGACCGAGCGCAACGAUGCAAAGCCUUCAGGCGACAACCAGAAUAAGAAACCUGACAACGGCCGUGGAAACAAGGGAAAGAAAGGCGAUAGAGGCCGCGGAGAAUGGAGCCGCACAAAGGUAGACAAGCGGAAGCGCAAUGACGAGUAUCGCGAGUUCAAGCGCCGCAAGAUUAGCGACAUUGACAACCCCAAGGCGAAUCCCUUCUCUAAGGAAGAGAUUGAGGCCGAGAGCCGUCGACCGAAGCGCAAGGUUGCCGUCAUGAUUGGAUAUGCUGGCACGGGCUACAAGGGCAUGCAGCUCAAUGGCGAAGAGGAGACGAUUGAGCGUGACCUCUUCCGGGCCUUUAUCAAGGCUGGCGCCAUCUCAAAGGCCAACGCAGACGACCCGCGAAAGUCGAGUCUGGCCCGUUGCGCUCGCACUGACAAGGGCGUGCAUGCCGCAGGCAACGUCAUCAGUCUGAAGCUGAUUAUCGAGGAGGAUGACAUUGUCGACAAGAUCAACGAGGCUCUCCCGGCUCAGAUCCGAGUCUGGGGUAUCCAGAGAACCAACAACAGCUACAACUGCUACCAAUACUGCGACUCGCGGUGGUACGAAUAUCUCAUGCCCAGCUACUGUCUUCUCCCCCCACACCCGCAGAGCUUCUUGGGCAAGAAGCUGGUUGAGAUCAACAAGGAGUACGGCGCCGAAGAGGAAACGAACGCACGACUGGCCGAUGUCAAGAACUUCUGGGAAGAAGUGGAUGAGAAGGAGAUUAAGCCAAUAUUGGCCCGACUAGACCCAGAGACUAGAGCCGCUGUUUUGGAAAGCCUGCACUCCGAACAAGCCUCAGGAGAGGCGGAGACAGAUGAUGCCAAGAAGGCCGACAACGGAGAGCCUGCUGAGCCUGCUGCUCAGCAAGAGACAGCCAAAGAAGAGGAAGACUAUGUCAUGGUCGACAAGGAUCAGCCGUCUGCAGAAAAUGCCGAACCUGCCGCUGCCAGCGAAGAUGCCGCUGCCCAAAAGCCGACAGUCGUUCUCGAGACGGUCCAGCCCAAGCGCCGCGAGUUGGGACCCGUGGACUUUGCCCUGCGCGACAUCAAGGCGGCGUACAUUGGCGCCAAGCGUGCGUAUCGCGUGUCGCCUGAACGCAUCCAGAGACUGCAGGAGGCCCUCAACAAGUACGAGGGAACCAACAACUUCCACAACUACACCGUCCAGAAGUCGCAUGGCGACCCGUCAUCGAAGCGACACAUCCGGUCGUUUGUUGUGAACCCCAAGCCCAUCAUCAUCGGCGACACCGAGUGGCUCUCGCUCAAGGUCCACGGACAGAGCUUCAUGAUGCACCAGAUCCGCAAGAUGGUUGGUCUGGUGACUCUGAUGGUGCGGUGCGGAACCUCGCUGGACCGCAUCACGGAGAGCUACGGCCCCAAGAAGAUGGCCAUUCCUAAGAUGCCCGGUCUGGGAUUGCUUCUGGAGCGGCCCGUGUUUGAAAACUACAACAAGAGAGCAAAGGAGACGCUCGGACGGGAGGACAUUGACUUUGACAAGUACAAUGAGAAGCUCGAGGCGUUUAAGCAGGAGCAGAUUUACUCGCGCAUCUUUGGCGUCGAGGAAAAGGAGAAUUCAUUCCACAGCUUCUUCACGCAGAUUGAUCAGUUCAGAUCGAACCACUUCCUGUGGCUGACUGCCGGAGGCAUGAACGUGGCGACAAUUGACAAGUCGGGUGGAAAGGACGUUGACAAGCAGCUGGGUGACGAGGACGAGGAGGAUCCUGAAGGUGGAGAGGGUUAA